UGACGAAGAUGGCGAGACCGACAUCAACCAGACCGGCGAUUCCGUCUUCUUCUACGACGACGACUACGAUAACGGUUGAGGCGGCAUCGACGUCGGAGCAACAGACGCCGCAGAUUAGGGAUUCGCUGGUGUUGAAAUUGAAGCCUCCGAAGAAGAAGGUGACUUGGAAGAAAGGCACCGUGGACAACGAGUUUAUGAAUAAGAAGAGCUCGAAGAAAUGCUGUAUUUAUCACAAGGAGAAGCCUUUUGACGAGGACGACUCCGAUGAGGAGGGCGAUUGCCAUCACGAUCACGAUCACGCAGAUGUUGGAAGAAGAAAUCUUGGCAACUGAAUAGCCAUCGCUACUAAGAACUCAAAGCCCGGUAUCUUAUCUUGAUAUACCUUAAUUAUCUCGCGGAAUUACAUUUAUGAUCAUAGGGAGAGUCAGCACACAAUACAUUUGUGAGUAAUGGAUAUUGAUAAUAUUUUGUAAUGCUUUGGCUUUACUUGA